CUGCCUUUCAGCCACCUGAGGUUCAGAGUCCAGUGCUUGCAGGGGAGAAGAGGCAGCAGCUGCUAUGAUCCAGGUGCUUGUGCUGCUGUUGCUGGCUGGAAAUGGAGCUACGACUGCCAGUAGUAAUCCUCGUUUGAAGCUUUCCUUCCAAGAUCUACGAAUGCGCCAUGGAUUGCAAACCUAUGAGCUGGAGCGCUCCUGUUGCUACGACUCACUGCUGCUGGACGAAGAGAGAGGACGGCUUUUUGUGGGGGGGAAAAACUAUCUUGCCUCCCUGAGCUUGGACAACAUCAGCAAGCAGGACAAGAAGAUUUACUGGCCAGCACUUGUAGAGUGGCGGGAAGAAUGUAAUUGGGCAGGUAAAGACAUCAAUGCUGAGUGCAUGAACUUCAUCAAGAUUCUACACCUCUACAACCGCACCCACCUGUAUGCCUGUGGCACAGGGGCUUUUCACCCCAUCUGUGGCUUUGUAGAGGUUGGGCAGCGUGUUGAGGACACUGUUUUUAAACUGGAUCUCAGGAAUGUAGAGGAUGGAAAAGGGAAGAGCCCCUAUGACCCACGCCACAUGGCUGCCUCAGUGCUUGUAGGUGAAGAGCUCUAUUCUGGUGUGGCUACUGAUCUGAUGGGCCGUGACUUCACAAUCUUCCGCAGCCUGGGUCCGAGGCCUUCUAUCCGUACAGAGCAGCAUGACUCUCGAUGGCUCAAUGAGCCUAAGUUCAUUGAUGUCUUCUGGAUCCCGGAGAGUGAGAACCCUGAUGAUGACAAGAUUUUCUUCUUCUUCCGUGAAACGGCUGUGGAAGGAGCCCAAGGCUUGGGCAAGCACACUUUUGCCCGCAUUGGCCAAAUCUGCUGGAAUGACAUGGGUGGGCAAAGAAGCCUGGUGAAUAAGUGGACAACAUUUCUGAAGGCUCGGCUGGUUUGUGCAGUAACAGGCAGUGAUGGAAGCCACACCUACUUUGACUAUCUCCGUGAUGUCUUUCUCUUGCCAACCAGGGACAAGCGUAAUCCAUUGCUCUAUGCUGUUUUCACAACGUCCAGCACUGUGUUCAAGGGCUCCGCUAUAUGUGUUUAUCACAUGCAUGACAUACGUAGAGCUUUUCUGGGGCCUUUUGCCCACAAGGAGGGGCCCAACUAUCAGUGGGUGUCGUACCAGGGUCGGGUCCCUUAUCCACGCCCAGGAAUGUGUCCCAGCAAAACCUUUGGCACUUUCAGUUCUACUAAAGAUUUCCCUGAUGAUGUGAUUCAGUUUGCCCGCAACCACCCACUGAUGUACAACCCAGUGCUGCCACAUGGCCAGCGUCCCAUCUUCCUGCAGACCAAUGUGGAUUAUACCUUCACCCACAUUGCAGUAGACCGAGUAGCUGCAGCUGAUGGCCACUAUGAUGUCCUCUUCAUUGGCACAGACAUUGGUACAGUCCUGAAGGUAGUCUCUGUGCCCAAGGACAGUUGGGAAAAUAUGGAAGAGCUGCUACUGGAAGAGCUACAGGUGUUUAAGGACUCCUCUCCAGUUACCAGUAUGCAGAUCUCCUCCAAGCGGCAACAGCUCUACGUGGGAUCUAGGAAUUCCAUUUCCCAGCUGCCCUUGCACCGCUGUGGCAUCUAUGGCAAAGCCUGUGCUGAAUGCUGCCUGGCUAGGGACCCCUACUGUGCUUGGGAUGGCAACAGCUGCACUCGCUACAUGCAUAACACCAAACGGCGGUUUCGGCGCCAGGAUGUAAGGAAUGGAGACCCUAAUACAUUGUGUUCUGGAGAUCCCCAGCAAAAUAGUGUGCCUGAAAAGAAGGUUUAUGGAGUGGAAGGCAGCAGUGUCUUCCUGGAGUGUCUCCCUAAGUCACUGAAGGCCCAGAUUUUAUGGACAUACCAGAAAACCAGCAGUGCCACCCAGAAGGAGGUAUUGCUGGAUGAUCGAGUCAUGAAGAUGGAGCGGGGAAUCCUGUUGCGCAGUGUGCAGCGCAAAGAUGCUGGCCUCUACCACUGUCAUGCCACAGAACAUGGCUUCACACAGAAUUUGCUGCACCUUCAGCUUGAAGUGAUCCAUGCCCAGCAGGCAGAGUCCCUCUCCUCCUGGGAAGAGGAACCCACACAGCCCUUCCAUCGCAAGCUCUGGUACCAGGAUUUCCUGCAGCUGGUGGAUCAUCCCAAUCUCAGCACCAUGGACCAGGUGUGUGAGCAGUUGUGGAGCCACAAGAGCCACCAGCCCAAGAAGAAGCCACCACUACCCCCUCCACUUAGUGUCAAGGCCAAGAAUCAAAAGUGGAAGCACCUGGGGGAAAAACGAAAAGCCCGCAGCCGGAGAAUGCAUGAAGUGCCCCGUGCUGAGCGAGGACCCAGGAGCACUGACAUCUGGUGACCUGUGAAGAACAUAAACUGGACAGUCUCUAUUCUGGCAGGGGGCCAGGGGAGCAGGAUGGGAGUGUGGGGAAAGGGGAGGCUGAGAGAGCAGAAUCAUUCUUAGCUUCUUUGACUGACUGAAAAGGACUCCCUUCCACACAGGCCUGACACUUCUGGCUGCUGCUUGUGUAGUUUGUAGAGGAAGUGUUGUUGUCAUAGCGAUUUUAGCUUCCAUUUUUUUUAGAACCAGGUGCACACAACCUGACAGAAGUGGGGAAUUCUGCACCCCUUGACCACUUUUGUAAUGCACAACCAAAGAUGGAGGCUACCAAUCUCCAAACAAACUGAGAUGCAGGAAGCAAAACUGGCUAAAAUUCUUGCUUGCAAGGGUAUCCACUGCUAGCCAUCAAGGUGUAAUCUUGAAACUGAGGAAUGCACCAGCUCUGAAGCUUCCAGGUGUAACUUGGACAUCUUCCUUUGAACAGAGCAGCUCCCUGAUGCAUCUUCCUGUAAUAGGCAAAUCCCCUGUCUAGGACUCUUUUCAGAUACACAGGGUGGUAGCCCUCUUCUUCCCAUAGCCAAACCUACCCCACCAGGUGUGCAUUAAGUGUAGCAAUGUGCUCUUCACUGCCAGAGACAUAACAGAACCACUGAUGUAUUUAUUAACAGACUAUUUACUGAUGAAUGUAAAUCCACCACCAGGUGGCCCAACAGGAUUUAACCUCUGACAGGAGGGGGCAGGGCUGUUGUUGCCCAAAGGACCAUGGGUGCUUUUCUGACAUUUCCUGGACAAGUGUGUAUUAAGAUGUUGUAUGUGACUGUGGUGAUAACAGGAAAUAUAGAUAAGGGACCGUGCAGUAUCUCCUGCUCCAUUUCAUCUGUCCAUUGCAUUAUCAUUUGUCAGCCUCUCAGAUGACAAGCCAAUAUGUGGAAGAUUCUGCUGUGAGUGGCGUGUAUGUGGAUAUCUUCCAUUUGUGGGAGACCAGUGGCUACUGGGGAUGAAUAAGGGUCACUGGUACAGUUGAGGCUCUGGUCUAGCCAUAGCCUAUUCAUAUCUGUAGGCUCACAUUCAGUUAUGCAGCAAGACGAGCAACUCCUCCUUAAAACCAGUCACUGUGCCUUUUGUUCUCGGUAGGCAGAGAACGACUAACCAAGUGUGGGUGAUAGGGAAAAAUCUGUUCUUGGGCCCAAGCCAGUAGCCCAAAACCGAAGUUUGAACACUGGGGGCCUACACAGAAAAAGUCACCGAGUCUCAGCUUAUUUUGAAUCCUCCAUUUUAGGAACUCUUGGUGAGGUGCUUUUAUGAAGACCUAAGAAUGAUGCAGCCAUGCCCAUGGCACUAACCAUUUCCCAGGCGCUUCAGGACACCUGAGCUCUCUGGGCUGCUUCUUAAUUUUGAAGAAAAAUAAGGAGCUCCAGCAUCAAAUGUACGUCCACUUCUUGGCCUGGUAGUAGCAGUAUGUUCGUAUGCCAGACUGCAGCAUGGAGAGCAAGCCUGCCUGAUCCUAUUUCAUGAUUUGAGGCAUAAGAGCAGUUCCACAGGGCAUGAGAGGGUAUGGUCAGUACUCACCUAUCCAGCUGCAGGCAGCCAUCCAACAAGGAGCCAAUGAGACCAGAGACCGGAGUGUUCAUGAAACAAAUGGUUCGCUGUUCAGUUUAUUGUAAAAGGGUAGUAACAGGAAAACAAGUCUUGCAGCCUGUCUCUCCCAGAUUUCAUUAUAUACAUGUGAUUUUCUUGGGAAAUACCUGACUACACCAUCAGUGAGGAAAGCCUGACAUGCUCAAAAUGUGGUUGUCUUGAUUUCCAUCAGAAGUCCUAAUUAAUCCUGACACUAUAUGAAACUCUAACAAAUGGAAUAGUUUUCUGCUUUUAUUGUCCAUGCUUUAGGCCUCUGAGUUUAGACUCCUUGUGAUUUUUUUCAGUGAUGAGACAAAUUGCUGAUCUAAAACAAGACAAAUAUGAACACAUAUUUCAUGAAUUUUUAAAAAGGUUCUUUUGUAAUGCUGUAAACCAGGAGUCUUCCUUGACACUCACCAAGUGUUUUUAGAAAUUGGGUGGGGCUCUUGCCCACCUGGGAUUUCUGACUGGCCACUGAAGAUCUAACUGUGUAUGAAGACUAAAUUAACAUUCAGUGGCA